CAACUCCUUCCGCCUCUUCUUCGACGUCAUCGUCAUCCUCGUCUGCUCGCUCUCCUUCAUCCUCUGCGCUCGCUCCAUCAUCCGGGGCCUGAUGCUGCAGCACGAAUUCAGCCGGUUCUUCCGGCACCGUUACAACCAGAACGUCUGCUUGUCGGACCGCAUGGAAUUCCUCAACGGUUGGUACAUCCUCCUGGUGAUCAGCGAUGUCCUCACCGUCUUGGGAACCAUCAUGAAGAUCGGCAUCGAGUCCAAGAACUUUGCCAGCUACGACGUCUGCAGCAUCCUCCUGGGCACCUCCACGCUGCUGGUUUGGGUCGGGGUCAUUCGCUACCUCACCUUCUUCCAGAAAUACAAC